AUGUCAGGCAAGGGGUACCUUGACAAAGCCAGUUUGCACACGAAGGCACAAUGGAGAUCGGCACUCUUAACAUACCCAGGAAACCUACAGGAGGCUUUGCGUGAGGCUCAGAAAGAUCAGAAAAAAACUUUGUUUGGUGUUGCUCAGGGAAUCCCGAGCACAUUUUUAACAAAAGUCUAUGCUUCUACCAGACCUGAUUUUGUAUGGUUUGAUGUUGAGCAUGGCAUGUUCGAUCGUUUAGUGCUUCAUGAUGCCAUUCAUGCAACUCAGCACCACUCUGAAGGCCAGACGAUGGCCAUUGUGAGAGUGCCAAAGGAAGAUGAGGUGUCUUUGACUACAGCAUUGGAUGCCGGUGCCUCUGGUAUCAUCAUCCCCCACUGCGAAAGCAAAGAAGAGGUUGAAGAGUUCAUGAAAAGGAUAUAUUAUCCUCCUCUCGGUGGUCGCUCGUUCAGCCCCUGGGUUUUCACACCGGGCAUCUCAGACGCGUCUUUAUACGAGAAUGAUGCGUUCAACAUGAAAACAUCAAACAACCAUGUCGCCGUUAUUGCACAAAUAGAGAGCGUUAAAGGGAUAGCAAACGUUGACGAGAUUGCAUCCAUACCUGGAAUCUCAGCAAUGAUGUUUGGCCCCGGUGAUUUCAUGGCGGAUGCGGGUCUGGAACUGACUCUAGGGCAACCUCACCCUACUCUGGCUGCUGCCAUGGAAAGCAUGUCGAAGGCUAGCAUGAAAUAUAAUGUUCCCCUCUUUGGCGCAGCUAGGAGUCUUGACAUGGUCCCCAUGAUGAUAGAAUCAGGUCAUCGAGCGAUCAUGGUCAUGUUGGACGUAUGGGGUAUCGCUAACAUGACGAAAUCGAGCUUAGACCAGGCAAGAGGGU